AUUUGAGAGCAUUUCCAAUCACACCCUGAGCCGGGAACAGGGGCUUCUGGUUCCCUGUUGGUGGCUGCCACAGCAGUCUUUGGGAACUCUGCCUUCCUGUCGGGUUGGCCAACAUAGCAGGUGAAGUGCUCCAGGCAGUCUCUGUGUCUACCCGUCCUGCCAUCCUGCCCCCUCAGGCACCUGAACGCACCUGAGAACUGGGAUGUGUGUCCUGCUCUUCCUGCUCGUGCUGGCCUCUGUCUUCUCACUAGGCCAGACCACAUGGGCCGUCUCCAGUCCCAAGGAUGUACAGGGCCUGACGGGAUCUUGCCUGCUCAUCCCCUGCAUCUUCAGCUUCCCCGCUGACACACCAGUGCCUAAUGGUAUCACAGCCAUCUGGUACUACGACUACUCAGGCAGUCGGCAGGUGGUGAUCCACACAGGGGACCCCACGCUGGUGAAUGAGCGCUUCAGGGGCCGAGCUGAACUGAUGGGGAACAUGGGCCGCAAGGUGUGCAACCUGUUGCUCAAAGACCUGAAACUUGAAGACUCUGGCUCCUACAACUUCCGCUUUGAGAUCAGUGAUGGCAACCGCUGGUCAGAUGUCAAAGGCACCACAGUCACUGUGACAAAGGAUCCCAGCCCCCCCACUAUUACUAUCCCAGAGGAGCUGCGUGAAGGCAUGGAGGUGAACUUCAACUGUUCCACACCCUACCUGUGCCUACAGGAGAAGCAGGUCAGCCUGCAGUGGCAAGGCCAGGACCCCACCCACUCUGUCACCUCCAGCUUCCAAAGCAUCGAGCCCACUGGCGUCUAUCACCAGACAACCCUACAAAUGGCCCUAUCCUGGCAGGACCACAGACAGACCCUGCGCUGCCAGUUCUCAUUGGGCAAGCACAGUAGUCGGCAAGAGGUUUAUCUGCAAGUGCAGCAUGCCCCCAAAGGUGUGGAGAUCCUCCUCAGCUCCUCAGGAAGGAACAUCCUUCCAGGAGAUCUGGUCACACUCACCUGCCGAGUGAACAGCAGCUAUCCCGACGUCAGUUCUGUGCAAUGGUUCAAGGAUGGAGUGAACCUUGGAGCGAAGGGACGCAUGCUCCAGUUGUCCUCAGCAACCUGGAAUGAUUCUGGGGUCUACACCUGUCAAGCAAUGAAUAAUGUGGGCUCUCUGGCGUCACCCCCGCUCAGCCUCCAUGUUUUUACGGCUGAAGUCAAGAUAAACCCAGCAGGGCCCAUCUUGGAAAAUGAGACUGUGACACUGCUCUGUAGCAUCCCCAAAGAGGCACCUCAGGAGCUCCGCUACAGCUGGUACAAGAACCAUGUUCUUCUGGAAGAUGCCCAUGCCCCAAUCUUGCACCUACCCACAGUCACCAGGGCAGAUACUGGCUUCUACUUCUGUGAGGUGCAGAAUACCCAGGGCAGUGAGCGCUCCAGCCCAGUGAGUGUGGUGGUCAGAUACCCACCCCUUACUCCAGACCUGACCACCUUCUUGGAGACACAGGCUGGACUUGUGGGCAUCUUCCAUUGCUCUGUGGUCAGCGAGCCCCUGGCUACUGUGGUGCUGUCACACGGAGGCCUCAUGUUGGCUUCCAGCUCUGGAGAAAAUGACUUCAACCCCCGCUUCAUCAUUUCCUCCGCCCCCAACUCCCUGCGCCUAGAAAUCCGAGAUCUGCAGCCAGCGGACAGCGGGGAGUACACGUGCUCAGCCACCAACUCCCUGGGAAACGCAACGUCCAGCCUAGACUUCCAUGCUAAUGUGGCCCGACUCCUCAUCAGCCCUUCAGCAGAGGUUGUGGAAGGGCAGGCAGUGACUCUGAGCUGCAGGAGUGGCCUGAGCCCAGCACCUGACACUCGAUUCUCCUGGUACCUGAAUGGAGUUCUGCGUCAGGAGGGAUCCAGCAGCAGCCUCCUGCUUCCUGCGGCUUCCAGCACCGAUGCUGGCUCAUACUACUGUAGAACGCAAGCUGGCCCCAACACCAGUGGCCCCUCUCUGCCUACUGUCCUCACUGUAUUCUAUCCCCCAAGAAAGCCCACAUUCACUGCCAGGCUGGAUUUGGAUACCUCUGGAGUUGGGGAUGGACGGCGUGGCAUCCUCUUGUGCCGUGUAGACAGUGAUCCCCCAGCCCAGCUACGGCUUCUCCACAAAGGCCAUGUUGUGGCCACCUCUCUGCCAUCAAGGUGUGGGAGCUGCUCCCAGCGCACGAAAGUCAGCAGAGGCUCCAACUUACUGAGCGUGGAGAUCCAGAAGCCGGUAUUAGAGGAUGAGGGCGUGUACCUGUGUGAGGCUAGCAACACGCUGGGCAACUCUUCUGCCUCAGCCUCUUUCAAUGCUAAGGCCACUGUCCUGGCCAUCACACCAUCAGAUACACUGCACGAAGGCACAGAGGCCAACCUAACUUGCAGUGUGAGCCAGGAGGUUGCUGUCAGCCCUGCCAACUUCUCUUGGUUCCGGAAUGGAGUGCUGUGGACCCAGGGACCACUGGAGACUCUGAGGCUGCAGCCUGUGGCCAGAACUGAUGCUGCUGUCUAUGCCUGCCGCCUCCUCACUGAGGAUGGGGCUCAGCUCUCGGCUCCUGUAGUCCUAAGUGUGCUGUAUCCCCCAGACCCUCCAAAGUUGUCGGCCCUCCUGGAUGUGGGCCAGGGCCACAUGGCUGUGUUCAUCUGUACUGUGGACAGCUAUCCCCUGGCUCACCUGUCUCUAUUCCGUGGGGACCACCUCCUGGCCACCAACCUGGAACCCCAGCGUCCAUCCCUUGGCAGGAUCCAGGCCAAGGCCACAGCCAACUCCCUGCAGGUGGAUGUUCGAGAACUAGGUCUUGAGGACUCAGGGAACUACCACUGCAGAGCCACAAAUGUUCUUGGAUCAGCCAACAGUUCACUCUUCUUCCAGGUCAGAGGAGCUUGGGUCCAGGUUUCGCCAUCACCUGAGCUCCGGGAGGGCCAGGCUGUGGUCCUGAGCUGCCAGGUGCCCACAGGGGUCCCCAAGGGGACCUCAUACCGCUGGUUUCAGGAUGGCCGCCCCCUCCCAGAGUCAACCUCGUCUACACUGCGCAUUGCAUCCAUAAGUCUGAGGCAAGCUGGUGCCUACCAUUGCCAAGCUCAGGGUCCAGACACAGUGACUGCCAGCCUGGCUGCCCCUGUCACCCUCCAUGUGUCCUAUACCCCACGGCAAGUAACACUCAGUGCCCUGCUGAGCACCGGCCCUGGGCGAUUCGGCCACCUGGUGUGCAGUGUACAAAGUGACCCUCCCGCGCAGCUGCGACUGUUUCACCAGAAUCGCCUCGUGGCCUCUACCCUGCAAGGCCCUGAGGAAUUGGCAAGCGGCAAUCCCCGGAUGCAUGUGUCUGUGAGCGCCAAUGAGUUGCGUCUGGAGAUCCACUUUACAGAGCUGGAGGAUGCUGGGAUCUAUACAUGUGAAGCCACCAACACACUGGGCCAGGCCUCGGCUACAGCUGACUUCGAUGCCCAGGCUGUGCGUGUGGCUGUGUGGCCCAAUGCUACAGUGCAAGAGGGGCAGCAGGUGAACCUGACCUGCUUGGUAUGGAGCACCCACCAGGACUCACUCAGCUACACAUGGUACAAGGGUGGGCAACAACUGCUUGGUGCCAGAUCCGUCUCCCUGCCCAGUGUUACAGUUUUGGAUGCUGCCUCCUACCGCUGUGGUGUGGGGCUUCCUGGCCACUCACCCCAUCUCUCCAGACCUGUGACCCUGGAUGUCCUCUAUGCUCCCCGAAGCCUGAGGCUGACCUACCUCCUAGAGACCCAGAGCAGGCAGCUGGCCCUGGUACUAUGUACUGUGGAUAGUCGUCCACCUGCCCAGCUAACUCUCAGCCACAGUGGCCAGCUCCUAGUCUCCUCAACUGAAGCUUCUGUCCCCAACACCCUGCGCCUAGAGCUUCGGGACCCAAGGCCUAAUAAUGAGGGGCUCUACAGCUGCUCUGCUCACAACCCAUUGGGUAAGGCCAACACAUCUCUGGAGCUUCGGCUGGAAGGUGUACGAGUGAAAAUGAAUCCCUCUGGUGCUGUACCCGAGGGGAAGCCUGUCACAGUGACCUGCGAGGACCCUGCUGCCCUCUCACCCGCCCUCUAUGCCUGGUUUCACAAUGGCCAUUGGCUUCAGGAGGGACCGGCUUCUUCACUCCAGUUCCUGGUGACCACACGGGCUCAUGCUGGCGCUUACUUAUGCCAGGUGCAUGAUACUCAGGGCACACGGAGCUCCAGACCUGCCAGCCUGAAAAUUCUCUAUGCCCCUCGGGAUACUGUCCUGUCUUCCUUUCGAGACUCAAGGACCAGGCUCACAGUUGUGAUUCAGUGCACCGUGGACAGUGAACCACCUGCUCAGCUGGUCCUAUCCCGCAAUGGCAAGGUGCUAGCUGCCAGCCACGAGCUUCACAGCUCAGCAUCAGUGAUAGGCCACAUCCAGGUAUCCCGAAAUGCUCUUCGACUACAGGUGCAAGAUGUGACUGUGGGUGACGGCAACACCUACGUUUGCACAGCCCGGAAUACACUAGGCUCCAUCAGUACCACCCAGAAGCUUCUGACGGAGACUGAUGUGCACGUGGUAGCUGAGCCAGGCUUGGAUGUGCCGGAGGGCACAGCUCUGAACCUAAGCUGCCACCUCCCUAGUGGCUCCGAACCCACAGGCAACUCUUCUUUCACAUGGUUCUGGAAUCGGCAUCUAUUGCAUUCAGCGCCUGUGCCCACGCUCUCCUUCACCCCUGUGGUCCGGGCUCAGGCUGGGAUGUACCACUGCAGGGCUGAGCUCCCCACCGGGGUCACUACCUCAUCUCCAGUCAUGCUCCGUGUUCUCUAUCCUCCCAAGACGCCCACUCUCACAGUGUUUGUGGAGCCCCAGGGUGGCCACCAAGGCAUCCUCGACUGUCGAGUGGACAGUGAGCCCCUGGCCAGCCUCACCCUCCACCGGGGCAGUCAACUAAUAGCCUCCAACCAACUUCAUGGUGCUCCCACCCAGCCCCACAUCCGAGUCACGGCUCCUCCCAAUGCCUUGAGACUGGACAUAGAGGAGCUCGGACCUAGCAAUCAAGGGGAGUAUGUGUGCACUGCCUCCAAUGCUCUGGGCUCUGCCUCAGCCUCUGCCUACUUUGGGACCAGAGCCCUGCAACAGCUGCAGUUGUUCCAGAGGCUACUCUGGGUCCUGGGAUUUCUGGCAGGCUUCCUGUGCCUGCUGCUGGGCCUGGGGGCCUGUCACAUCUGGAGAAAGAAGAGUUCUAGCAAGCUGAAUGUGAGCGAGAACUCAGCAGAGAUGGCCACUCAGAAAGACACUAUCCAGAUGACCCCUUCCUAAGACGAUGUGGGACCUUCCAUGAUCCAGGUUUUCUUUAACUGGAAGCUCCUAGCUCUUGAUGCAGCCACAAACGGAACCUCAUCUCGUGUCCCAUCCCUGAGCUGAGGAUGACUUACCUGCCCUCAGGAGGAGGUGGCUGACACUCUCUGACAGCUCAGGCGUUGUGAACAAGAUCUUCCCUACCUCUGUAUAAGCAGCACAGAGACAGCUGGCUUUCCUGACCUGUCUGACCUGCCUUCCAAGCCCCUUGAUCCUAAGAAAAAUGGAUGAAGGCAGGACCUGCUGCCCCCAGGGCUCUGAGACUCACUCAGCCACAUUGCCCACAUCCCUCCAUGCGAUUUUCCUCUGUAUCCCUUUGCCUUUCUCUUCAAAGCUCACCUUGGACUUUCUUGGUGGGUUAGAGCAUCAUCCAGUCCCUCACGGACUUUCUGAGACAGUCUGUACCAGCCAGGAAAUAAGUCAGGCUGUUCUAACAGAGACUGAAUACAGCGACCACAGCACGACGGGGUCUUAAUUUUCCCUCCUGGUCUGGUUAUGUUGUGGUAUCAGAAUCCUUCUCUCUUGCUUUUCUCCAUCCCCCAGGUUUUGCCUUUGAUUAUGUAGCUCAGGUGGCUGCAGUGCCCAUGGACCCUACAGUGAGAAGGAAACAUGAAGGGGAGACACGCUCAUCCCUGUUGUCCAUGGGUCCUUGCACUCCACCCACUUCUCAUCAGCUAGAAAUGGGUCACAUAAACAUACCAUGCAGCAAGGGAGACUGGGAAAUGUAGUUUUUUACUCUGA